GUUUUCCAGUCGGUCUAGUAAUAUGCUGUGGUCAACAGUGUCAAACGCAGCACUGAGAUCUAAUAAUACUAACACUGAAGUUCUGCCACUGUCUGUGUUUAAGUGGAUGUCAUUGAAGACCUACAGCCCAUCAUUUUUAUUAUAGGGACUCUAUUGGGUUUUCCCUUCACUGUAGUGUGUUCUAUAGGUUUGUGUUCCCUCCAGAGGGAGUUUCUCCAUUGGACUCCUUUAUUUACUUCCUUAACAUAGUGACAUCCCUAUGGAACACUUGGCUCCUAUUGGCUUCUUUCUGAGAAGAUAUGUGACUUUAGCUUGUUGUGGUGUUUGAGCAUUGGCUCUAAUGACUAUGUAGCUUAUGUAAUGCCUUUUAUUGUAAACAUAAUGUAUGUAUAUGAAAUGGCCUAUUUAAUUAAAUGUACAGAAGCAAGGACACACGUUUUAAAUCUUUUAUUUGUUCUUUGGAUUGGUGUUUAACAAUGGAGUAGAUAGAUACGACUCUACAUGUCAUUAUUCAGAGGGCAUUAGAGACACCAACAUUGUUUUUACUUUCCAUUUUACCAAAAAAAAAGCAAUUUAACUAACUUGUAAAACAUGAGACAACCUUUCAAUUUGAAAUGAAGAAUAUACAGACCAAUGUGUUUUGCUAUAUCAUGUUGUACUUAUAAAACCUUUGUCAACAGCACUUUAUAUUUUAGCUCUUAUUAUGUUAGGCGCGCUAAUUUGUUUUGUAAAAUAAACCAUUGAAUAAAAGCUAUAAUAAUGAAGCUGUUUGGUGUUUUAUUAAUGUGUGGCAGCUAGUCGUAUUUAGUCUUUCCUUUUACGAUAUCAUUACAGUAAAGAAAAACAUGUAUGGGUCCGGGUUGACAAACAAAGCUGCAGCCACAGUCCUGCUUAUCAUUGUGGGACAUGUAGUCAAGCUGCAGUUUGUGGUGCAAACUGUUCAUCUAUUUUGACUCGUGCACUUUUCUACUUUAGAUUUUCUAAUUGACUUAUGGCAGACAUUAUAAAAGAAUGCAACUUUUAUGUUGUGAGUUGAUGCAGUUUCUUUGAUGGGAAAAGUAAUAUUGCAAACUUUCCCUUGUGUCUUUGUGAAUGAUAGUAGUAUAGUUAGUUUGUUCACUGCUGAGAUUACCUGACAGACCAUUGGUUUAGCUUUCUUUUACACAAAAGGAAGACAUGAGAAAUAAGAGAGGUGGUCUUUAGAAAGGUUUCGUUUGGACACAACUCAUUUUAUGCAAAACAAGCAGUGUAUUUAAAUAAUGUAAAGAGGAAGGAAGGGGUAUUUUUGAACCUGCUUUCAGUCUCCUUUUCACUCUAAAGGCCACAGAAGGACGUUAAGGUUCAAGAGAACUUCCUUUAAAUUGAUGUAGAACAGUUUUCUUGUUAAUCUUCUUUAUUUUAUAGCCACACGGAGACGAGAGGAGCCGCUAUGAUUUUAACAGCGAGUGGAUUUUUUGUUUUCCUUCUCUGUAUGCCAGCGGUUCAGGGUCAGAAUGGCUGGGGAGCGACUUACUCUUCUACUCAGAUCUGUGCAGUGAAAGGAUCAACAGUGGAGAUAAGCUGCAGCUACAAAUACCCAUCUACAAUAAAUCACCAAGUAAACACAGUACAGAAAACCUUCUGGUUUACUCAGAAGAAAGAUGGUGAACUUGUAGAUCUGACCACAGCCUCAGAGUAUUCAGGUCGUGUAGAGGAUCUCUGUGAAAACAACAGAUGCACUCUGAGAAUCAAAAACCUGACAGAGAGCGACUCAGCUGAGUACAGGUUCAGGCUCAAAACAAACAAAGAUGCAUAUACUGCUUCACCAGGAGUCACUUUGUCUGUCACAGAUCCAGAUCUACUGGUCAUCGGAAAAACAAUAGUCCACCAGAGUAAUUCCAAAGCAGAGCUUCAGUGUCACAGCAGAUGUCUUUUACCUCAUGAUCCUUCCUACAUCUGGUACAAGAACGGACAGAACAUUCGGGGAGAAACAUUUUCUCAUUCAGUCUAUUUUCAUUCAGCUGACAGCUUUUCCUGCGCUCUUAAAGGACAUGAGAAUUUCCCGUCUCCUUCACAGUGUGUUGACGGUCAAACCUGUAACAGAGUGAUUCACACUGACAGGAGCAUCUGUGCCUUCAAAGGAUCAUCAGUGGACAUUUCCUGCAUAUACAGCAGUUAUGAAUCGAUCACUGAUGGAUUCUGGUUCAGUCCUGAGCGUUAUCAUCAGGGACAGAAUUCCUCUCAACCUGAGGACCUUAGUGAAGACUCCCAGUAUAGAGGUCGUGUUCAGAUCCUUGAGACAGAGAGAGGACGCUCCACUCUGAGGAUCUCUGACCUGAGAGACUCAGAUUCAGCUCAGUAUCUCUUCAAAUUCAAAACACCAAGCUUUGAAUGGAGGAGUGAUUUACCUGGUACCACUCUGACUGUCACAGAUCCAGAUCUGAAGGUGAAGGUGAAGGUGCAGGUGCAUUCAUAUUCAUGGUCUGAGCUCCAGUGUUACACCAGUUGUCGCCUGCCACAUGGUUCUUCCUACAUCUGGUAUGAGAAUGGGCUGAAAAUGGCAAAAAAAACAUUAUCUUCAUAUUCAGUCUACUUUGGUUUUGCAUCCAGCUACUCCUGCGCUGUGCGAGGACAUGAGGAUUUCCCCUCGCCUCCAGUGUGUGUCACUGGUCAAACCUGUAACAGAGUAAUUUACACUGAGAGAAGCAUCUGCGCCUUAAACGGAUCAUCAGUGGACAUUUCCUGCACGUACAACGGUUAUAAAGUAUCUGUUAAAUCUAAGUUCUGGUUCAGUCCUGAGCGUAGUCAUCAGGGACAGAAUCCCUCUCAACCUGAGGACCUUAGUAAAGACUCCCAGUAUAGAGGUCGUGUUCAGAUCCUUGAAACAUGGAGAGGACACUCCACUCUGAGGAUCUCUGACCUGAGAGACUCAGAUUCAGCUCAGUAUCUCUUCACAUUCAAAACAACAAGCUUUGAAUGGGGGAGUGAUUUACCUGGAACCACUCUGACUGUCACAGCUCUGCAGGUGCAGGUGAUCACAUCAACAGUCCACCAGGCUUACACCUAUGCAGAGCUGAAGUGUCGCAGCAGCUGCAGUCCAGCUGGUGUUUCCUACGUCUGGUUCAAGAACAACAAGAAAAUCAUCAAAGAGGAAAGACCUUUAUAUAAAGACCAGUUUUAUCCUGGAGACAUCAUCUCUUGCGCUUUGCAAGGACACGAGAAUUACAGCUCUCCUUUGAUAUAUGCUCUGAAGUUUCCCGUUGUGUCAGUGAGUCCUUCUGAUGAAAUCAUGGAGGGCAGUUCAGUGACUCUGACCUGUAGCAGUGAUGCUAACCCAGCAGCUAACUACACCUGGUACAAGACGGAUGGAAAUCAGAAACUUCAUCCACUCGCUAAAGAACGACAGCUUGUCUUCAGCUCCAUCCUGGUUUCUGACUCCGGAGAGUAUAACUGUACAGCUGAGAACGAGCUGGGGAAACGGACAUCUGACAUGAUCUCUGUUGAUGUGAAAUACUCUCCAAAGCCUCCCUCUGUGUCAGCGAGUCCCUCUGCUGAGAUAGAGGAGGGCAGUUCAGUGACUCUGACCUGUAGCAGUGAUGCUAACCCAGCAGCUGACUACACCUGGUACAAGGAGAACCAAACACUGUUUCAGGGAGCAGAAGGAAGUUAUCAUGUCACCUCCAUCAGCUCUGAGGACAGCGGGAUCUACUACUGCAAGUCUAGGAAUCAAUUUGGAGAGAUCAACUCUACGUCUCUAUUUGUAGAUGUUCUGUAUGCUCCAAAGCCUCCCUCUGUGUCAGUGAGUCCCUCUGCUGAGAUAGAGGAGGGCAGUUCAGUGACUCUGACCUGUAGCAGUGAUGCUAACCCAGCAGCUAACUACACCUGGUACAAGGAGGAUGAAGACUCUCCAAAAGCUUCAGGACAGAUCUUCACCAUCACUGACUUCAGAGCUGAACACAGUGGGAGUUAUUCCUGUGGAGCCAAGAACAAAAUAGGACGUCAAAACUCCACCUUUCAUCAGAUUGUUGUGACUGGAGCAUGGACAUCUAGAGCUGCUGGAAUCACCACUGCUGUUGUCCUGGCAGUCAUCCUCCUCUCUAUCUUUUUACUGAUCAGGAAGAAGAAAUCUGCCAAGCGAUCAUCUGAGCCCGGAGAGCCACACAGCAAACAGGACUUGAAUCAGCAAUUGUUCCGUUCCCAGGCCUACACACUGAGCUACUGCCGCUCCAAGACAGAGCUUCAAAGUCCUCCGGAGGAGCUUCUCUAUGCCAGUGUCCAGUUCUCCAAAAACCAGUCGGAUCCUCUCUCCUCCAACAUCGAGGAUAGUGUUGUGUACGCUGAGGUCCAAUUUAACAGCGCUGCCCCGAGAAGUCAGAUGUCUGCCACGGAGGACUCAACUGCAUUGUACAGCACAAUCAACAAAACCAGGACACAGCAUGAAUCUGCAGCCCAUCAUUUUUAUUAAAGGGACCCUAUUGGGUUUUCCCUUCACUGUAGUUCUAUAGGUUUGUGUGCAUGUAAAUAAUUCUGGAAAAUAGUGACAUCCCUGUGGAACACUCUUCGAUCAGCUAGCGCUUCAACACAUUGUACAUGAUAGGCUAAGGGGCGGGACAUCUCGAAGCAGUUGACCAAUCACAAAAGAGCCUGCCAGCCAACCAAUCAGAGCAGAUUAAAAGAGGUGCUGGUGCUUAAUGUGCUUAAAAGCUUUUCAAGAGAUUCAUUAUGAAUGAGAUGUUUCUUUCUGAGACAAACAUAUGACUUUAGCUUGUUGUUGUGUUUGAGCAUUGGCUCUAAUGACUAUGUAGCUUAUGUAAUGCCUUUUAUUGUAAACAUAAUGUAUAUGAAAUUGCCUAUUUAAUGAAAUGUACAGAAUCAAGGACACACUUUUUAAACCUUUUAUUUGUUCUCUGUAUUGGUGUUUAAGCAUGGAGUAGAUAGAUACGACUCUACAUGUCAUCAUUCAAAGGGAAUAAGAGACACCACAAUAGUUUUUACUUUCCAUUUUACCAAAAAUAUAGCAAUUUAACUAACUUGUUAACUUGUUAACUUGUUAACUUGUAAAACAUGAGACAAUUUCAAUUUGAAAUGAAGACUAUACAGACCAAUGUGUUUUGCUAUAUCAUGUUGUACUUAUAAAACCUUUGGCAACAGUACGUUUUAUUUGAGCUCUUGUUAUGUUAGGCAUACUCAUUUGUUUUGUAAAAUAAACCAUUGAAUAAAAGCUAUAAUAAUGAA